CGUACGCUGAACAAGAUUCGCCACUGGCGGAGAUAGUGAAUUUAUUCCCUUCAGUACACUUUCGUCUGUGCGCUGGAUUACGCAGCUGGGAACAGAGGUUUCCUGUGUUACAAGGGCUACAGUUUAGGGUAAACGUUUUAGCUGCUGUCCCAGUACGUUCGCUUUCGUUGAUCGAGUUAAAAGUAGUGAACAAAUUUCCCUCGUUCGUGAAAACAUGGGUGUUCCAAAAGUGUACGUUGUCGGUGUUGGCAUGACGAAGUUCGAAAAACCGGGUCGCCGGGAGGACUUUGACUAUCCCCAGAUGGCCAAGGAAGCGGUCACCAAAGCCCUGAAAGAUGCUCGCAUUCAGUACAGCGACGUGCAGCAGGCGACGGUCGGCUACGUGUACGGCGACUCAACCUGUGGGCAGCGUGCAUUGUACGAAAUCGGCUUUACCGGAAUUCCGGUUUACAAUGUCAAUAACAACUGCUCGACCGGUUCGACGGCGCUAUUUCUCGCGAAGCAGCUGAUCGAAACCGGCAACAACGAUUGUGUGCUGGCACUCGGUUUCGAGAAGAUGGAACGAGGUUCCCUGACGUCGAAAUAUCUGGACCGUACGAACCCGGUCGAGUUGCUUGUUACGGCCAUGGCUGAGAACCAUGAAAUUACCGGCGCUCCCAUCUCUGCCCAGCUGUUUGGCAAUGCCGGCCUGGAGCAUAUGAAAAAGUACGGCACGAAGCCGGAACACUUUGCCAAGAUUGCUUACAAAAAUCACAAACAUUCCACCAACAACCCGUAUUCCCAGUUCCAGGACGAGUACAGCCUCGAACAGAUUCAAAAGUCGCCAGUGGUACACGAAAUCCUGACCAAAUUGCAGUGCUGCCCAACUAGCGAUGGAAGCGCUUGCUGCAUUCUGGCCUCGGAAAGCUUCGUGAAGCGACACGGUCUAGAAGGGCAGGCUGUGGAAAUUGUUGCCAUGGAAAUGUCGACCGAUGUUCCCAGCUCGUUUAGCGAGGGCAGCGCGAUGAAAAUCGUCGGUUACGACAUGACGCGCAACGCGGUACAAAAGGUGUUCGGCAAGACGAACUUCAAACCUAAAGACGUCGAUGUGGUUGAACUGCACGAUUGCUUCUCCGCUAAUGAACUGAUCACGUAUGAAGCGCUCGGUCUGUGCGAACCUGGCAAGGCCGGCGAGUUCAUCGACCGUGGCGACAACACGUAUGGAGGACGCGUAGUCGUGAAUCCCAGUGGAGGAUUAAUCUCCAAGGGACAUCCCCUGGGUGCCACGGGAUUGGCGCAGUGCUCGGAGCUCUGCUGGCAACUGCGCGGCGAAGCGGACAAGCGCCAGGUGAAGAACGCUAAGCUGGCCUUGCAACACAACAUCGGGCUCGGUGGCGCCGUAGUAGUUGGCCUGUAUCGGCUCGGUUUCCCCUAUGCCAAGCGGCCAAUCAACCCCAGCCUAACGGCAGCCGGCAAGCUGAAGGACACGCCCGACGGUUUCCUGGUUACUCCGUACAUGAAGGUGCUGGAAGAAGCGAUGCAGGACGAUAAGGACAACUUGAUCGAGGGCGUGCGCGGUAUUUACGGCUUCAAAGUCACCAACGGACCGGACGGUGCCGAGGGAUACUGGGUAAUCAACGCGAAAGUCGGCAAAGGAUCAGUACGCUAUCGUGGUACCGACAAACCGGACGUCACAUUCAUCAUGAACGACGUCGACGUCGUUGACCUGAUUUCAGGCAAGCUGAACCCACAGAAGGCUUUCUUCCAAGGCAAAGUGAAAGUACAGGGCAACAUGGGUCUAGCGAUGAAGCUGAUGGACUUGCAGAAGCGUGCAAAUUCGCGAAUUGAAGAACUGCGAGCAAAGUUGUAAGAAAUUAAACAAUAGUACGGGAAUCAGGGUACCACACUUCGGGUAGUUAGUAAUCGAUGUUAUAAACGACUGGCAAGCGCAAUAUUUUACUUUUCCUGUUUUUUAUUUUGUCCGGGCACAGCGUAAUGUUUAUUUUUUCGUAAUAAAAACAAAUAAUCUUGGUGAUUGUAAAACAACAAU